AGUGUCUGAUUAUGAAGUUCCUGUCUCCUCUAAUCCUAGCUACUCUGAUCAUGUACCUCUCUCUACUAAUAAUAAUCAGCUAUUAGCUACACCAGUCACUACUAAUCUUUCCUAUCAACCAGUGACUACUCCUUCAGUAGAAUUGGAUAAUGAAUAUUAUGAUACUUUCGAUGCAAAUAAGAUUUGUACAAAAAGUAACACUUCAUAUCUACCAGUUAAUCUAAAAACUACAACUACUACAGUGAGUCCUUCAGUUCAUAUUAAAAGGACAAACAAGAGAAUAAGAUCAUAUUUCAAUGAAGAACUAACCAACUGGGAGUAUAUACUAGCAUUACUGGCCACAUUGACUGUUCUAAUUACAGUUACUGCCAUUAGCUGUAGCCUAGUAUUGAUUAAACUUAAACCAAUGCAACCAAAAACGUCAAAAACAUUAAUUUAUGACAAUGUAAAGAUAGUGAAUACAUCAUCUCUCAUCCAAAUAUCAUGUGAUUGUCCAUCUCCUGACAAUAUGACAAACUUCACUAGUUUAACAAAGUCAACAUUACUGAUUAGAAAAGAAAUAAAUGAGCUGAGGCAAAAUAAAAAUAUGUCAACCAGUGAUGUAUUGAAACAGCUCAAUGAUUAUAUGUAUCAGAUUAAAAUUAUUAAUGAAUCAUUACAGCCAUUGAUAACUCAGUCUAAUAAACCAAGAAUGCCUACACUAACUGGAUUAAACCUAAUAUCAUCAAUAACUAUCAAUCAUGGUGACUGUGUUGAUGAACUAUGGGAGUGUACACCUCAUGAAGUAUAUAAUCUUCACUCUGAUAGUAUAGUAGAUAUUGGUGUCUGUACUACAGUUUAUUCACCUUAUGCUAAUGAUACACAUAUAGUUGUUGGUGCCUCAUGUAACAUAGUUCCUAUACUAUCUAAACCAGUGUUCUCGGUUAUAUUAUUAAAAAGGACUGCUGAUAGUCGAUAUGUGUCUGGAUUACAGCUGCUAAAGCAAUCCACCAUUGCUUGUCGUUGUUUCAAUGAAAAUGAGCAACAGGCAUCCUGUCAUGCAUAUCUCAAGAAAUGCUCUUAUCAGCAAAAUAUAUCUCAUAAUGGCACUGUCUCUGUUUAUUGAUACAUGUAACAACACAAUAUAAUUUGAUUUAAUAAAUCAUAGUCACG